AUGCCCUUCCAUCCAGGCGCCCAGGGAGGGGAGCCGGCGGGAGCGUCUGCCUUGCUCAGCACCUCCCCGGCCCUCCAGGAGCGACGGGCCAGCUGGGGCCAGCUGGCCCUGCGGGGAGAGUCUGCCCUCUGGUCUUGGGCGCUCCCCAGAGAAGGGAAACUGAGGCAGCAGACCAUCCAUAAGAAGGGAGCUUCUUUGCCCGAGCUCCAUGACUCCGUGGAGGAGUCGGAGGUGGAAUUCCCCAAAUUGAUAGUGCGGGUGGGCUUCAAACUGCCUUCUCUAGGCCCAGAAUUAGAGGUGACCCAAGAGUUCACGGCAGCCACAGACCUGGUCCGGCUUAUUGACCACCCAACUCAUGGGAAGGUUGUUGAGAGGGCGGUAAGCUCCCAGCUGUGGUGGGCCCUGGACGAAAUGGAACCGGGACACCCAGGACCGACCUCCCCGCUUGCUUCACAGCCCAUCCCUCCUCGAGGGAGCAUUGUGGGACUGCCAUCUCCAGGGGCAUUCUCUCCAGCCACCAUCCCGUUUGUCCCAGACGGGGCCAUUCGCUACCAGCCCGAGGGAUCCAAUGGGGCAUCGUACAUCGGAGGGAAUGUGCCAAGUGGGACGAGGCCUGAUUCUCUGUGUGAGCCGUUCCAUGCGAGGCUGCAGCCAGACGGGUCUUGCCAUGCUGAACCCCAAGAGCAGGCCGGCAGCAGACCAAUUCCUCCUCUCUCCUUGGAGAUCAGCAGAGCUCAGCUCGAAGGCUCAAGUGCCCAGGGGUACAGCACUCCAACCUUGCGCUCUCCGGUGGAGCUGCGCCCCUUGUCCCCUGGAUCUGGCAGCUCUUCCUCCCUGUGCAGCCUGUCUCCCUCCAUGAAACUCAGUCAGUCCCCAAGCAGGGGGGUGCUUCCCGACCUCUGUGCCUUGGACCCACUGACUUCAGGGAUCCUGGCCACCGUGGAACUCAAGGACACUCUCCCCAAGGCCGAGUCCAGCGACCACAUCUGCCUGAGCCGGCCGGGCUCAUCUCACCGGCUGGGCUCCCUCUCCAAAGCCAUCUCCAGCGAGUACAUCUCAGGGGGGAGGGCGGGUCCUUCCAAACCCGCCAUGCUCUCGAAGGCCGAGUCAGAAGAACUGACCUCAUACGCGAGGGUCCGUCUGUCUCCCCAGCUGCAAGACCUGCGGGGCAGCGACACCAACCGCACAGAGAACUUUCUGGGAAGAUUCAGCCAGCCACAAACAAAGCAGGACAAGGAGUUUCGCAUCACUGUGGUCACAUGGAAUGUCGGAACCUCCAUGCCCCCAAGCGAUGUGACCUCCCUCCUGCACCUCAACACGGGGGACUCCACUGACACUGACAUGAUUGCUAUUGGGUUGCAGGAGGUGAAUUCCAUGAUCAACAAACGACUGAAGGAUGCUCUCUUCACCGACCAGUGGAGUGAACUUUUCAUGGAGGUGUUGAGCCCCUUUAAUUUUGUACUGGUGAGCACCGUACGGAUGCAAGGAGUGAUACUGCUUGUCUUCGCCAAGUACUACCACCUGCCUUUUCUGCAGGACAUCCAGACGGACUGCACCCGGACAGGACUGGGCGGCUAUUGGGGCAACAAAGGGGGGGUGAGUGUCCGGCUCUCCGUCUUUGGACACAUGGUUUGCUUCUUGAACUGCCACCUGCCGGCGCACAUGGAGAAGGCCGAGCAGCGCAAAGAGGACUUCACCACCAUCCUCCACUUGCAGCAGUUUGAGGGGCCCUCGGCCAACGGCAUCCUGGACCACGACCUCAUCUUUUGGUUUGGGGAUCUCAACUUCCGCAUUGAGACCUUGGACAUCCGCUAUGUGAAAUAUGCCAUUGACAACAACAUCCUGCACCAGCUCUGGGAGAAGGACCAGCUUAACAUUGCAAAAACCACGUGGCCCAUCCUGAAGGGAUUCCAAGAGGGGUCCCUCAACUUCCCCCCAACCUUUAAAUUCGACGUGGGAACUAACAUGUAUGACACCAGCGCCAAGAAGCGGAAACCAGCUUGGACAGACCGUAUCCUAUGGAAGAUCAAAAGCUGUGGCCUUCCUGGGCACCCUGGGCGGUCCAGCGGUGGGAACCUGGCCGUGACCCAGCUCUGCUAUUGCAGCCACAUGGAGUACACUGUGAGUGACCACAAGCCCGUUGUUGCCGUCUUUGCAGUACAGUUUGGCUCCCGAGCCGAUGUGCCCCUGGUGGAGAUUCAAGUGGCCGAUGAGUGGACCAAGCCGGAGCAAGCUGUGGUCCGCUACAGGACCUCCUCGGCCUUCCACCGCAGCUCCUGGGACUGGAUUGCGCUCUAUCGGGUGGGUUUCCGGCACUGCAAGGACUACAUAGCCUAUGUAUGGGCCAGGCAGGAAGAUACUGAGAGUCACCUUUACCAGCUGGCGUUUCCAGAGGAGUCCCUGCCCAAAGGGAAGGGGGAUUACAUCCUCGGCUUCUACAGCAACAGCUGCAGCUGUAUGGUGGGUGUGACAGACCCCUUCCAGAUUUCCUUGCCCACCCCGGAGCAGAUCAGCAGCCCCACGGACAGCACCAACAGCACCUCCGAAGAGGACGACGACAGCACGCUAGUGCUCCUCGGCCCCAAGUCCCGCAGCCCCAGCCCUGGGAAGAUGCACGGCCACCGGAGCCGCAGCCCCAGCCUGGCCAAGUUCCAGGGGCUGCUGUUGCGGUCCUCAAGCCGAGACCAAGGGGCCAGCCGCAGCCCCUCGCCCCAGGGGCGCCGCCACAGCAGCAUUCUGAAGGCCGACAUCCCCAGCAUCCACUUCUCCAAGGACAGCCCGCGGUGUCGUUCCAAGUCGCGGGAGAUGGCACAGCACUCAGAGGCCUCCUCCUCCUCCACCAUCACCACCCCCCAGGCCUGGACAGGCUGGCGCUUCGAGGAGAGUCCCCUGGCCAGGGCCGAUCCGCGGAAUCUGGGCCUGCUGCCUGCCGUGCGCCUGGAGACUGUUGACCGGGCCAUGGGGUCCCAGCGUGAGAGCUGUGACCCGAGCUUGCCCGGGCGGAGGAUGAGCCCCACCAGCCCCACGGUGGGGCUCGCGGCUCUCUUUAGCACUUCCCCACAAGAGGGGGGAGGGCACGACCCCCACAGCCACAGCUGCAAUACCAGGCCCUAAGGGGGCAGAGCCUGCUCAGCCAUCACCCUGUGCAGCG